AUGUCUAAGAGGAAAGUUUUGCUUAUGGGAAAGGCUGGAGCUGGUAAAACGAGUAUGAGAUCGAUCAUAUUUGCUAAUUAUAUUGCAAGGGAUACAAGCCGACUUGGACGUAAGGAGUCUGUUUUUAUUUUAUUAAUUUUCUUUUUAGCUACGAUGGAGGUUGAGCAUGCGCAUGUCAAGUUUCUUGGGAAUAUGGUUUUACAUUUGUGGGACUGCGGAGGUCAGGAGAUUUUUAUGGAAAAUUAUAUGACGGCACAGCGUGACCAAAUCUUUAAAAACGUUCAGGUACUUAUUUAUGUUUUUGAUGUUGAAAGUAGAGAAGUUGAUAAAGACUAUGGAAACUAUCAGUCCUGUUUGGAGGCUUUAUUACAAAAUUCGCCUGCUGCCAAAGUUUUUUGCCUUGUUCAUAAAAUGGAUCUAAUUCAGGAAGAAAUGAGAGAAAAAGUUUUUAUUUUGUUGAUUUUUAAAUUAUUUUGUUCUCAGGUUUUCCAAGACAAGGAAAAGGAUAUUAAACAAUUGUCAGACAAUAUUACUUGUAGACAACAAACAUCGACAGUCACAAUUCAAUGUUUCCGUUCUUCUAUUUGGGAUGAAACUUUAUAUAAAGCUUGGUCUGCAAUUAUCACUUCAAUGGAACAAAAAUUGAAAAAAUUCACAGAAAUUGUUGAUGCUGAUGAAGUAUUAUUGUUUGAAAAGGCCACAUUUUUGGUAAUUGCCCAGGCGCAGAGAGUUCUACAUGAUGAUAUUCAUAGAUUUGAAAAAGUUUCCAACAUUAUUAAACAAUUUAAAUUGUCUUGCAGCCGUAUGGGUUCACAAUUUGAGACAAUCCAAAUACGUAAUAGCACAUUUGCUGCAUUUAUUGACUCUUUCACCAAUAAUACUUACAUUAUGUUGGUACUUUCGGAUGGAAAUGUUUCAUCUGCGGCUGUAAUGAUGAACAUUCGGAAUGCGCGAAGGCAUUUCGAGAAACUAGAUUGCAGAUGA